AUGGAUGGACCACGUGGUAUCUUGAGUCUCUCAAACGAGUUGUUAAGAGAAAUCUUGGACCAUUUAGCCCAGGACCCUGAGAAAUGCGUCAGCGUCGAUCGUCGUGCGUACCUCUCCAUUGAGAGUUUCAAGCGUCCCAACCCACCUGAGCCAAUACCACUCAUUUACGACGCGAAGAAUGGCUUCCAGGAAGACUAUCGAACGGAUGUUGACCGCUUCAGGGAGGUCUGCAAACGGUUUGCAGAUUUAGGUGCCUCCUAUAAGUUUAGCCGGGUUGUGGUGCGGUUUUCUGAAAGCGCAUUUCGGAAAUUGGAUAUGUUGUCAAACUCCCCGCAUUUGGCAAGACACCCGAGAAACUUCACUAAAUUGAAGAUUUCCGAACACCAUCGUCGACUACAGGAGCAGAAACGCUUGGUCAGCUCUGGCGAAGAUUUCGCUUCCCUGAAACGGGCUAUGCAAGCAUUCAAGUCGCUUCAACAUAUCAAAGUUUUGAAGGUUCAGGAUGAGACGGAACGGGAACUUUUACAAUUCAUCGAGCGACACGAUAAUCCGCUAGAUCCAUUAGUAUCCUUAGAUUGGAAACCAGCAUGCGCCCAUGCAGUGCGGACUCUCGCAAUAGCUCUUCUCGAAUCUCAGCCCCCUAUUAACCGAUUUUCCGGGCCACAGAUAAAUCCUCAAGCAGCUCUCACGUUGAAACGAGCCCCAAUUAAUAUGGUUUCGGCGCUUGCUGUGAAACUGACUUGUUUGGAAAUCCACUUUGAUGCGAUAAGAUACGUCAAUGCAGAGAUGCGGGAAUUGUCAGAAGUCUUUCAUACUUUAUUUAUGGCAGCCAAAAACAUGGAAGCCGUGCAUAUAGGCUUCCCAUCUCGUAUACCCCUUGAUUUGCGGCUCGAAGACAUAUUCCACAAUGUAUACUGGGAGAAGCUGCGCGCAUUCGGCAUCCAGGCCUGGCGACUGGACUCGGAAGAGAUUAUCGAGUUCGCCCGCCGUCACCGCCGGACGCUUCGCGGUCUCCGCUUACGAGAUGUUCUCCUCAAAGAAGGAAGUAUGUGGAAAGAUGUCCUUUCCAUGCUGCGCGAGGAGAUGGAGAAUCUGGAAUGGGUCAGCUUGCGACGGAUCGAUUAUUCAAAUGCCUUCGACGAGAAAUGGGCGACCAGUGCUGAUAUAUCGGAUAUCCAAUCGUUCCCCAAUUCUGACAGCGAGGAUGACGACCUAUUUGAUAGGUACGAUGCCGCCGAUAACGCUAACAACGACGAUUAUGAGAGCAUUGGUGACGAGUCGGACGGUAUGAGCUCGCAUAAUGGCGACAAUGGACCUAGAGCACACCAAAUUGAACUUUCGCCCGAUACGGCUACCUCGUUGAUAUCCCCCUUCGCACAGUGGACAACGCCGUUGACAUCGAUAUCUGUUGAUGAGCUGGAAGAUAAUGGGGUAAAUGUGGAAUACCGACAGAGGAAACUCUGGGAGGAAUGGGUGAUUUCGAACUCGAGAAAUACUGAUAAUAUGUGACGAGGUUCCUUGGGAUUUUUAUUUAUUGUCUUUGAUGUAUGAAUUUCCAUUAUUGCUUCCGAUGACGGUUGGAAACUUAUGGCUUCCUCUACUUCGUUUUCCACAAGGAUUUUGAUUAUUUUGACAAUUUUUGUUCGCGGUGACCCUUCCUUCGCCUUUUGCUGUUUGUUGGUGUGUUGUUUCAUUCCAAGGCCACAGAAACAAAAGAAAAGAGGAUAGCAAAAUACGGUGUCUUAAAUCUUCCCAGGAAUAUUGCUCUUUCUUUCUCCUACUCUCCUCUGCUGCCGUUUGGUUGGUAUUAUCACUUUGCUCCUCCAGCUUCUUCUUUCAAGCAUUCGCAUCCACCCUCCGCAAGUCCUGGUUAGCGCCGCUUAUUACCGGUUGGGAAAAUAUUAUGAACUUGUAUGUACUGUACAUUGGCUUCAACUGGAGUGGAAGGGUUUCUCAAAGGGAUCCUCACCUAUGCCUGAUGUGCCUCAUAAGGUGCCUCGUGCCGUACAUGUAUUCAACGAUAUAUGGGUGCGCGCCACCUGGCUUCUUGUUCGCUGCGCUUGCCCUCAUAUUGGUUUUUCGGGAGGCAAGGAAUCUGAUUUAACUGUUUUAUAU